UCAUCUGGAGAUGUGAUUUCCAACUUCGCUCAUUGUAAUACCGAAGAUGUACUGCCCUUCAUAUCAGAUCACUCCAUUGUCAUUCUCAAAAUUGAUAACUUCCUAGAUGCCAAAAGUAAUAAAAGGAAUAUUCCUACAAAAAUUGUCUUUGACUACGAUAAAAUGUCAGACAAUAAAUGGAAUGAUUUUA